AUGAUUUCAAAUAUUUAUUCCGGAGGACCAAUUAGACGUCUUAACACUUCAUUUAGGUCUACAUGUAUACCUAGGAUAAGAAACUAUGGUACUCGGUCACAUUUUGAUUCACCCUUUGAUCAUUUACCUAAAAGAGGACCAAAACCUUGGAUAAGUUGGAGAUCCACCACCUUUUUCUUUAUCACUGGGGCAGCAUUGGCAUACAACGAGACUCUUUUUGAAUUUUAUGCCAAGGUCACGGAUACUAGUGAAGAUGAUGAUUUAUUACCAAUGCGAUUGACAUAUGAACUUAAAAAUUUACCGAUUUAUGAACGAUUGGCACACCCUAAACCAAAUGAGAAAUGGGUUCAAUUAAAGUCAUGGGAGAAUUUGGAUAGAAACAUUUUAGAAAAUCAAGAGUAUAAGACCAAGAAGGAGGAAGAAUACGGCAGAAAAUCCCUCACCACAACUACAUUGGCGCAAAAAGGGGGGUUUGCCAUAGAACCGGUUAUUUUCCAUAACACUGAUACCAAUGAAGGAGUAACUAUAUUGCAUGUAGGCUACAGAUUAUGUGGAUAUCCUUUCUUAGUUCAUGGAGGAAUUCUUGCCACAAUUCUCAAUGAAACAUUCAAGAGAAAUGCUUCACUUUCGAGCUCAACAACGUCUACCGUGAAGGGAGAUUUCAAGGUUGAAAAUUUAUCUAUAUCUUAUAAAUAUCCAAGUUUUGCCAAUCAAUUUUUGAUUAUCAAGACAAAGCCAGUUUUAGGUGAAGGUGAUGGCAACAAGCAAAUUAGUUUGGAAAGUGUAAUCGAGUCUCAAAAGGGAAAUACUUUGGUCAAAAGUCAAGCAGUCUUGAUUGACACAGGAAGAGAGCUGAAACGUUUGAAUGAAGGAAACAAGAGCUGGUGGAAGUUUUAA